AUUCUUCCCCCACUUGCAAUGUUUAAUAAUAGCUUACUCGGGAACACUUGCAAGAGUGCUCAAAGAGCUAUGGUCAGAACGAACGUGUCGAGUUCCACCUCGGCGUUGGCCUAUAAGACUUUGCGUCGUAACCAGAAGAGGCCUCCUUUGCCGACUUUGGACACUCCCAACUGGUCUGCUGGUGCUGCUGUUUCUCUGAUUUUGUACGAGACCCCAGCUCCUUCUAGAGCCCCAAGAAAACAGCAUGUGUUGAACUGCUUGGUGCAAAAUGAACCAGGUGUUUUGAGUUCUGUGUCUGGAACCUUGGCUGCUCGUGGAUUUAACAUUGACUCAUUGGUGGUGUGUAACACUGAAGUCAAGGACUUAUCCAGAAUGACGAUCGUCUUGCAAGGACAAGACGCCGUCAUCGAACAGGCCAGGAGGCAGAUCGAGGACUUGGUGCCAGUGUAUGCGGUUUUGGACUACUCCAAUGCUGAGAUCAUCAAGAGAGAAUUGUUGUUGGCCAGAGUGUCGAUUUUGGGACCAGAAUACUUCCACGAAUUGAUCGACAGCCACAAGUUGUUUGCAGAAGACGGGUCUGCUAUUCCCGACUUGGAGGCCCACGAGUCGAUCUAUCAUCCCAACAACUUGGCACCUUCUGAAGCCUUGAGGCAAAAACACAACCAUUUGGAACACAUUUCCACCAUUACGGAAAAGUUUGGUGGUAAGGUUGUGGAUAUUUCCGACAGAAACGUCGUGGUGGAGUUGAGUGCCAAACCUUCCAGAGUGUCGUCUUUCAUUAAAUUAUUGCACCCAUUUGGGAUUUUAGAAUUGGCCAGGUCAGGUAUGAUGGCUUUACCAAGAACUCCUUUGGAAGGCUUGGUGGAAGAAGAAGAUGCGGUUGACGCUUCGGAUGUUGUGGACGCCUCGCAGUUGCCUCCAGGUUAGUUGUAGUUAAUAUAAGAAUACGAAUAAGAAUC